ACGGAAGUAACAUCUGUCAAUUUUGAAAUAUACGCCAACUGUCCUAUUGAUUUAUUGAAAGAAAAGGAAAAUUGUGAUAUUUUGAUUGAAAAUGGAUUUCAGUGACUGGUCUAUGGGAAAUGCUGAUAUAAUCCAAACGAUCGCUGCAUUACAAUGGAUCCACGGCGACUCGGCAAUGAGUGAGAAAGUUGCCAUGUUCAGACUUGGAUAUGAGGUUUACCAGCGGAUGAGUGGUGAAAGAGAGGUGGAUGCCCUUAGAGCACAAACAAUAGCUGCCAUUGCAAAAUAUGUAAAAGACCACCCAAAAGCAAAAAGAGAGGAUCUUCAAAAAGAAAUUGCAAAACAUAUUUUUGCUUUUGCUCACAAAGUGGAUAGAAUUUGAAUAGAAAAAAAUUGGAUAGAAUAUCGACCAAUAGUUUAAAGGUGUUCAAUCUAAAUUAGAACAAAAAAUACAAAGAAUAGUUAAUUUAUUACCAUACUAACUGUUAUUCACUUUACGAAAUGGACAAAAUCACUUGAAACAAUUUAGAAAGUUUGUUUUUCCUUCCAGCAUGCCUAUGUAUAAUUGUUAAUCAUUGUUAUAUUAAUUUGAUGAAUAUUCACAAUUUCAAAAUAAAUAGUUUCUGUAAAAUUUUAAUUAUGCUCUAUAAGUAAAAUUAAAAUGGUAAUAUAAAUGUAUUGCAAUGGAUUUGCAGAGUAUUAUUUCAAAAAAAAAUAUAUAUAUAUAUACAUAUAUUAUUGCAUAUGAUUAUCAUAAUAAUUUAUUGAUUACCUCCCUUUGUGUAUGGUACAACGAAAUUACACCAAACUCAGAAAAGUUAUUUAUGAUUUUAGACUAUUUUGAAACAUUGCUAAACAAUAUUUGGGAUCAAAAUUGUAUUUUCAACAGAUGGAAUUUAUAGAACAGUGUGAAAAAGAACAUAACAAAUUUACAAGCAUUUUCAUUUGAAUGGUUUUUACUAUAAUUUUUGUUUAAGCAUCAAUAAUUGUUUGUAAAAAAUCAUAUAGUUUUAGCACAAUAUGGUCAAGAUUUAUGCAAUUUGAUUUUGCUAGAUAAUACACAAUGUCAUGUCACUGGUGUACAAAAGUUGUUUUUUAAAAGAAUUA